GAACUUGUAACCGAGCCCCAGUGGGUAGGGAGUUCUACUUACCUCAUAAACCCGUGAUACGUGAAGCUGCACAAACAACGAAAAUCCGUGUAGUUUACGAUGCAUCCGCUCGAGCGACUCCAAGUGCUCCAUCCUUGAAUGAUUGCCUUUACCCAGGCCCGCCGUUACAGAAUAAGCUUUGGAGCGUAUUGGUUCAUCAUCGUUCAUUUCCAGUUGCACUUUGUGGCGAUAUAGAAAAGGCAUUCCUCCAGAUCCGAAUAAAAGAACAAGAAAGAGAUGCCUUACGGUUUCACUGGAAGAGUGACAGUCAACCUGAACCCUUGACAUAUAGAUUCACAAGAGUCGUCUUCGGCCUAACUUGCUCCCCAUUUCUGCUUGGGGGAGUGCUAGAGCAUCACCUAGAAACUUGGAAAACAAAGAUGCCAGAUAUCGUUGAGGAACUGAAGAAAUCUAUGUAUGUCGACGAUCUGCUUAGUGGGGGACAAACAGUAGACAAAGCCAAGGAAAGGAAAAGGAAAUCAAUCGAUGUAUUCAACGACGCCAAUUUCAAUUUACAUAAGUGGAACUCAAAUGCCCAUGAGCUUGAAGCAGAUGAAGAAGAAAAGGAUGAUGAAGAAGAAACUUUAGCAAAACAACAACUUGGAACUAAAUCUGGAGAAUCUAAAGUGCUGGGACUGUUAUGGAAAAAGAAAAGUGACGAGAUUUCCAUAGUGAUCCCAUCAGAGAAAUCGGCAAAAACGAAACGUGAAGUACUGAGUAGAUUGGCUCAGGUUUAUGACCCUUUGGGAAUUACAUCACCCUUAAUUCUAGAGGGAAAGAUAAUUUAUCGUGAUAUCUGUAAGGAGAAGCUCUUGUGGGAUGUACGGCUAAGCCAUUCUUUGAAGUAUCGAUGGGACUGCUGGGAGAGCAAUCUUCCGUGUGAAGUAAGUGUUCCGCGAUCAUUAGCUGGGUUCCGAGAACCAAUCAAGUCUUUAGAGCUGCACGCAUUCGGGGAUGCUAGCACACAAGGUGUAGGAGCUGCAGUGUACUCAGUUAUUCAUCAAGAAUCGGGAACUACUCAAAUUCUAGUUGCUGGUAAAAGUCGUCUGGCAAAAGAGGACCUAACUGUUCCACGGCUAGAACUUGUGUCAGCCCACAUGGCAGCGAACCUUCUUGUGAAUGUGCGAAACGCUUUGGAUCAUUUGUCACGGCCGCAAAGUUUUGCAUGGCUAGACAGCACUGUCGCCUUGCAUUGGAUACUUGGACGGGGCCAGUAUAAGCAGUUUGUCUCAAACCGUGUCCGUAAGAUACACCAACAUCCUGAAAUAAAAUGGCGAUAUGUACCCACAUCCGAAAAUCCUGCAGAUUUGGCCAGCAGGGGGUGGGAAAUUAAAUCAGACGUGGCUCUACGGUCCAGAAUGGUUAUCUGA